AUGACGGUGAAGAUAAGGCUCGCACGUCUCGGUUGUAAGCAUCGACCCUUCUAUCGUCUUGUUGCCGCCGAUGACAAAUCUCGUAGGGACGGCAAACAAAUCGAGGUCUUAGGGUUUUUUGAUCCGCUGCAAGGGAAAGACGAUGAAAAAAGAGUGAGCCUCAAAUACGACAGGAUCAAGUACUGGUUAUCGGUUGGAGCUCAACCAACAGACACAGUCGAAAACAUGCUCUUCAGGGCCGGUUUGAUUCCCCCAAAGGCAAGGGUAGUCGUCGGUUCGAAAAACGGAGAGCAAUCUGCAAACCUCCAUGUUUCACCCAUUACCGGUGAAGUCUUGAACUAG